UCAGAGCUUUUUUUGGUAGUCUGUGUGAUGAUUGGAGUUAAAUCAGGAGAUCUGCCAGGCAUGGCAGAAUAAACUUAAUAAGGAACUGUGCUGGGUCAGAAGGUGACAGGUAAAUUCACAUUGAGGUUCUUCCUUCUCCUGCUGUGUUUACGGCGCCUCCUGCUGGAAGUGUGCGAAGCUACAAGGAACAUGGAUACUGCAGUCAGGAUGAGGACGUGGAGCUGUCCGACUAGAGGAGUUUUCUACCCGUGGGCACUCAUUUUGAUAGUUUUACCUAGUACCAUAAAUACUGUUGUUGCUGCUCCAGAAACAGGGCUUUGGAGAAUCACAGUUGCAAAUACAUCAGGACCACUGAUCUUAAGGAAAUCCAUGUAUAAAGGCACAGACAUUGAACUGAAAGUUGUGUCUUUUAACUGUCCUGAGGAGCUGACCUUCCAUAUUCACUGGUAUCUAAAAUACUACCCCUGUCACAAUGAAUUCAACAAUAUUGAAGAAAUGUAUGACAAAACACCUCUGAGUCGUGGGGAGAGCCUGGAUCCAAAUCCCCUCGGACAAGGAGAGUACAUCGAGCACAUACAUGGUCCCAUAACAUGUAACAGUAGACUGCGCUCCUUUCCAAUGCUCAAAAAAGCCAAAGCAGAUCCACAUAAAGUCAAACCACCUGUGGACGGUGAAGUUCCAGAUGGAAAUGACAGAUGGAUUACUGAGGAGUAUGACAGCACCAGCACUGUGAAGAACAGCAGUGUGAAAAUAAAAGAUAAUGUCAUAGCCACCACAUGGACAGAUGGGCCUUACCUGCUGGUUGUUAAGAUCAUGUCCACUAAACAGGAUGCCAGCUGGAAUUUAACAGUUAAUGUUGUAAUGAAAGGCAGUCAUGGCUACAUUUCUAUCACCGAAUGGCCUCUCAUGAUUUUCUACAUGGUGAUGUGCAUAGUGUACAUCCUGUAUGCCCUGCUGUGGUUCAUCUGGGCAGCAUGCUAUUGGAAGGAUCUGCUGAGGAUCCAGUUCUGGAUAGCAGGGGUCAUACUCCUGGGGAUGGUGGAGAAGGCUGUCUUCUGUGCUGAAUAUGAAAAUACCAAUGCCGUCGGCUCUGCUUCUCCAGGUUUGUUGAUCUUUGCCGAAUUGGUCUCUGCCCUUAAAAGGACUUUGGCUCGAUUGCUUGUCAUCAUUGUCAGCCUCGGCUAUGGCAUUGUAAAACCUCGACUGGGGACAGUGAUGCACAGAGUGGUGGGGCUCGGCAUCCUCUACUUUUCCUUUGCUAGCAUUGAAGGUGUCCUGAGGAUUACUGGGGGUCAAGACAAUGGCCCCACUCUCAUUAUAGCAAUUGCUCUGGCUGUGCUUGAGUCUGGCUGCCUUUGGUUCAUCUUUGUCAGUCUGGCACAAACCAUCAAGAUUCUGAAGCUGAGGAGAAACCCUGUCAAGUUGUCUCUCUACAGGCACUUUACAAACACGCUAAUAUUUGCCGUCAUUGCUUCCAUUGUUUUCAUGGGCUGGACAGCAAAGAAAUUUCAGCUAGCAGCUUGCCGGUCUGACUGGAUUGAGCUGUGGGUAGAUGAUGCUUUCUGGAGGUUCUUGUUCUCUGUCAUUCUGCUUGUCAUAAUGUUUUUAUGGAGGCCAUCUGCAAACAACCAAAGGUAUGCUUUCACACCUCUCAUCGAUGACUCUGAUGAUGAGGAGAUUGAGGAGUUCGUCGCCUCUGGAAAUUUUGUUGAUGGCAUAAAGUUGAGAGCAGCUAAAAAUGAGACAAAUGGCACAGUGAAGCCUGGAGAAACAAGCCCAGAUGAAGACUUGAAGUGGGUGGAGGAAAACAUUCCUAGCUCUCUUACUGAUGUAGCUCUACCAGUCCUGCUCGACUCAGAUGAGGAAAUCAUGACGACCAAGUAUGAGAUGUCAAAGCUGGAGUGAGGCAAAAUAUUUCCAGCCUUCAUUUGACAUGGAGGGAGAAUUAUAGCAGCUGCCCAGGACUAUGUAGCAGGGCAGGAAUUCUGUUUGGUUUGUGGAGUGCCAUUUUGUUUUUCAGGAGAUCUUCCUUUUGCCACUCCACAGAGCAGUGCAGGCCACAGUUUAUUUAGGGGUCUUCUGUUCAUUUCCUCAACUUUGAGAACAAGGACUCUUCCAGCGGUAAACCAUCUUUCAUUGACCAGCUGCUUCACUGUUUCCCAGAUAUGAUCAAUUUACCUUCCAAAGAGAAUGUGUUGUAUUUAAUUUUGUUAUGUCAAUGUAAAUUUAUGAGAGAAUUAAGAACAGUGGGUCUCUUGCAUGAACAUGCUUACAAAUUAAGUGUCUUUUCAGGGUGACUAGAUAUUGGUGGUUGGUUGUAAUAAAAUGAGAUGCUUGUUUAGGAUGGGGAGAAAAUUAAAACCCUUUUUUCCUCAGUAAUUAACAACAUGAACAAAUUAUCUAAAGUAUUUUUGCAGCCAUAGGAGAGAGAGAGAGAGAGAGAGAGAGAGAGUUUAUAAAAGCUAUGGAAUUUAUUAAAUGGUAUGUAUUUACAUACAAAGUGCUAGUAUCUUUUCUUUUGCCAGCAUUAAAUACUGAGACAAGGACUUUUUGAAAAUUUUAAUACUGUUACUUUGAAUAGAACAUUUGUUGCUAUGGACUUUGGAGAUCAAAGCUGUGCCUGUAUUACUUCUGAUAUAUACACACAUAUAAAGUAUCUCAGAUUGAAGCCACCUGGCAUGUUCAGCAUCAGAAAGUGAUGAAGUGUGAGAGGGAUGAAGCACAAACAUGAAACUGAACUGAAAUGUUGCUGUAUUCAGUAGUGCACAAUUGGGAGUUCGUAGUCAUGCUUUGAAUCUACUGUGUAUGUGUGGAUGCACAGGUUUUGUGUCCUCUGAAAAAAGACGCACUAUACUGUGUAUUAGUAUGGAGUUUAAUAAUUUAUUUGCUUCAAGCAUAUUUAUAAUUUGUCAAAGCGUAUGUUCACUUGUGUUUAUGGUAAGUGUGUUUACAGUGUGUGCUUCCUUUUGUUUUGUUCUUUUUUAUAAUUUGGACCCUGAACAAUCUCACACUACUACUAGGCAAAUGGCAAACUGCAGCUCGUUUAUUUGUUUGCCAUGUUUGCUUCCUUUGCUGAUAAAAUUGUUUUCACAGACACCUUAAAACAUUCAUGUUCUUUCCAAUAACUCUAAAAUGUGUGUGUGUGUGUGUGUGGUGGGGGGGGGGAUGAUUAUUUUUGAAAAUGGCUGGUCUGGUGUUUUUGUCAGUGUAGUUUUAGAGUUGCAACACUGUUGUUGUCUUAACGUGUGCUGUCUUGAAUUAAUGCAGCAGCAGGCCUUGUACUAUUCUCUGUCUAGGCCGUUCUAUUUUGUGACAUGCCAGAUAAGUUACAGCAUGUGGUUAGCACAAGCCCAAGCUGAUCACUGUUUUUUGUUUUUAUUGGUUGGAAAAAUGGCAUAAUUGUGCUGGUAUGUAACACUGCAGACACCUGCAGUGGACCUUGAUUAUUUGUACAGAUGGACUUUGGCUGAUUCCUGUUAUUUCUUACUUCCGCAGGUUGAGAGGUGUCUGGAUAAUGUGACUUGACUGUUUUUUUAAUGAGUGUCUUGAAGAACUGGGAUUGAAUUUUUCAUACCAGCAGUUUUUCUUCUCUCUUCCUACUCAGGAAGUGUGUACGCUCAGAUUAAAUAUGAGUUGAAUGCUGAGGAAUGUUUGUUUCCUUUGUAUUAAUUUGCCAAUAAAAAUACAUAUUUAA